AUGCCGAAGUGGCUGCUUAAGGCGGAAAAUAAGGUACCCAGGAGCUCAAUCACAAAGCACCUAGUGGACACGGGCCAUACGGUGGACCCAAUGGUUGCAUUCAAGGUCCUGUUUCGGGCGACGACCGGGCGUCUCUUGCGCUUUGCAGAGGCCGCUGCAAUACGGAGGAGGAAACCAGAACUCUGUAAGCAGCUGGACCAUGUGAUAAACCUGGCACUGCCAUGGUAAUUAUCGAUUAUGGACGAAACCCUGUCUCCAUGUGCGCCUUCUCAUUUCGCCCCCACCCGCCCCCCUCUCCCCGGCAUGACUGAAUGCUCCCCGCACGUUGCACUCUAAAUCACGCCGCACAAGUUCUCUCAUACUUGGACGACUUCUCUCCCCCUCCCCCUCCCCCCUAGCCAUAUGCACCCGCAUACUAGACCCUGCUUCAGUUUACCUAUCACGUUUUAUCUCUCUAGGUCGAUCGUUGAUUGAACAGUUUGCCUUGUCAUAUAACUAUGCAAUGAACGUGUGCAGCUGAAUGAGAGGUCCCGAAAUUUAUGACGUCAGUAAAUUCUGCGUGCUUUGUCGCCUUUGCCUUGUUCAAAUUUACCCCGGGAAAACAUUGUUUUAAUUUCGUAUAAAAUAUUCCUUUCAAGAAGCUUUGCUAGAGACGGUGUUUCGGGCACGCCGCUAUGAUUAUUAACAUCGAAUCGGGAUCCUGACUUCAAGACGGGAAUGAUAAUUGACAUUUUCCAUGCUUCAGCAAAGAAUCCUUUAGAAAUAUACACCGGGAAUUAAUGACUAAGCAAUAUGGGAAUGUCGGACGCUUGUUUAAUAAUCGAAUUUGGGAUCUCGUCCGUUCCUUAUCAGUGUGAGUAUUUAAAAAUACAUAUGUGUUUCUUAAUGAGAUCUGAGGAGACAUCGAUCGUACUCAGUGUAUUAUCUGAAAGUGAACGAAAGAAAGGGGCCGGUUCGGACUCUGUAUUAAGGUAUUUUGCAAGGAAAGCAUUAAACAACUCGGCCUUGUCAGUGUUAUCGAUGAGGAAGACUUUGUUAUCAUUUAGCAGGGGUGGAAGUUUGUGACCACGCUUAGAGGAGGACCGAUGACGGAAGAUGUUAGCGACGGAUUUGCCAGGGUUUGAGUCACUGAGGACAAGCGAUUCUCGUUGUCUGUCGCGCGCUUGGCGCUUCCAAUGCUUAUGAGUCCAUGGAGUCAUUGUAUGGACGCGUAUUUUUAAAUAUAUACUCAUCUUCCAUUGCUGGUUCCUAUAGAAAAAAAUCUUUAAGCUUGUGCAGAAAUAAAAGUCAAAAUUUAUGGCCAGCACAAUAGUUCUGUAAUAUAAAAGCUGAACUUGUAAUUUUGCUCUAUAUUUAUAGUUAUUAAUAACUUUAUAUGUAAUUAUUAAUGACUUUAAAUAAUAAUUAAUAAUUAGAACCUAUAAUUAGUAAAAAUUAAUAAUAACUAAUAACUUUGGUCAGUAUUUACCAUACACAUUUAUUUUAAUGCAGUUAUUCGUAUACUCAUUAAACUAUUGAUGAGAAUGUUCAACUUUCGAAAUGCUGCACAAGUAUGCAGACCAAAACCUAUGGAGGUAACACAACUCUCUGAAUAUUCAUGGUAUAAUACACCGUAUGCAAAGGUAAUUGGAAUUUAACCCCAUAUUUACUCACAAAUGUUUCAUAAAAUGUGUAAUAAUAAUCACACGACAGGACUAUCCACAUAAAACAAUGGUAUAUACCGUGUCUUCCGAUGCAAUCAGGAUAGGGCAACUAACGACGUUGGUGGUCCCGUCGGGAAGCUAAAUGCGUGGUUUUCAAUAAUGGCACAUACUGUGAUUUACCUUCUGCGCUGUUUCCCGCCGUUUAGUCCAGUCGCUAUAUCGGUCUCUCGGGCCAUGAAACCGGUCAAUGACGGUUUUACGCACGAAGUCACUGAUGCAGUGGCUGAAAGCAACGUUGUGCCGAAUGGCCUCUGCACGUCUUACAAAUGACUUGUCUUAAACUUUUAUCUUCCUCAUCUUACUCGGACAACUUUCUCUAUGACACCUAGAAAGGGCCACCGGGAAUUUAGGACGCCGCCAUUAACUUUCCGUAUCUGCUCACAUUUCCUUCCUUCGUGAGUCGUAUCGCUUCCUAAGAUCCCUCAACAGAAAUGUCAGUUUUUCCAAUUUUUCAGUUCAUGCACCGUGCCAUCACAGAAUGCGCUUCGUCGACGCUCUUGGCGAAGCCUUCUAUAUUCGCCAUAUACUAGUAGUCUGGUCGCAUCUCCCUUGCCCCCUCCUAGGAUGGACUCUGAUGAAUGUAACCGAUAGCAUCUGGGUUCCUAUCGCCUCGAGAAUGGUUUUCAAUUCGUCACUUAUUUGCCUUAUUCAAGGCCGCAUACCUACCUCUCCUGCCUGACCCGCCUACUUAUCCCUUCAUGAAUUCCAUUAUACAAUGCCAUAUACAGCGACGAUUUUCACAGUUCUAGACGUCAUCUCCCGCAUUUCGACCUCAUGCGGUCUGUCGACGCUCACGGCGAAACCCUCAUUAUUCGCCGUCUACUAGUAGUUUGGUCGUACCUCGCUUCCCCACUCCUUGGCUGAGCUCGAAGCGUACUGUGGCCGAUCGCGUCUGGGUUCCUCUCGUCUGGCCUCUUUGACGCGAAUAGUCUCAUUUGGCGUAUCCCUUUUACCCCGAUGAUGUCAGUUCUGAAUCGCGUAUACAAUGCCGCCUGCAUGUCAGUCCUGUCCAACCCGCAUACAUACCCGUCAAGGCUGACAUUUAUAUCUACCCAGACGAUGUCCGAUUUUAAUUAAUGUUGACAUUUAUUUUUGGCCUGACGAUGUCCGGUUAUAAUCCGUUAUAUACCGCCACAUGCAGGCCAGUCCUGCCCGCAUUUUUCUGUUAUUAUUUUUUAUUGAGGGGUUUUUUUCUCCAGUAAAAUUAAUCCAAUUAUUUUUAAAUUUUUAUGUGGAGUUUUUUUUCACCUCUCGCUAAUAAUUUUUCUUAACGGACUACUAAUUCGGAAACUACGAAUUGCAUUUUGUAAAGAUUCUGCCUACCUCGUCUAAAAUUCGCAUGUACUUUUUUUUUACUUGCUUCGAUGGGACCCCGACGGGUCUUUAAUAAAAAUUAUUAUUAUGUACAGCGUGCCUCCUACAAAGAACUGUUGGUCCGUGGAGCCAAUUCAGCAGAAGCUGUUCACAGAGGCGGCCCGGGCAUGGUAGAUGGGGGAUUAUAGAUAAACUUUUUCUUGUUCCGUCCUCCGACCACACUGAGUUUUUUAUCCUUUAGCCAUAGAGCGAAAGUUACCUUUCAUAUUUUCAUGCAGUCUCUUACUGACCGCGAGAGUCGGCAUUCAGCAAUCGAACGAAGUCCUAGCACGCUUCUGAAGUGCUGAUAGGCCGACGCAACUCACAUGGCUUUUGACUUUUAGAAAUACUUUGUGCGCAUACUUGUGCACAUUUUUCGAUCAUCGUCACCCUUUGUUGACGAGACUCGUAAAGGGCGGUGGCCUGAUCUUGACCAAUAUGACCCAUUUUUUACUAAAUGGUUUAAUUUAAAGUAAAUGGAAAGCAUUAUUACUUUGUGAGACUGAAUUCGUUUUGAACAGAUACUGACAGCUGUCGUAAUUCGUCCUGCCCUGGUGUAGUCUGUGAAAAUAUACUCCAGGGAUCGGAGGAAGUAAGAGUGUUUUCAUCGUUUCGUGGCCUACAAACUAUAAAGUGAGGUAUGAUUACUGUAGUAUCGGCGGCGCUGCUGGCCAAGUGUCUAACGGCCUUUAGCUUGUGUCGGUCACUGUGGCUCAAACUGUUCAUCGUCGUUGUCGUCGUCAUCUUCCUCAGAUUCAGACGUUAGCCUGCAGCCAAAUCUGUGAUGGGUAAGAUAAUUUAGCACAUCUACCUGGUUCUGGAGUCCCUCCCCGUUGUCGUGGGCUGUGACGUGGACAGGUCUGAGGUCUUUUCGGCCUUUUAGCCGCACAGCGGGACUUGUCUAAAGUGAGGUCGUCCUUCAACACCCCCACUGGAUAAGUUGGAGUGUCAGGUGGAAACCGUUCGUUUUAAUCUAACAAAGCUGUCCUCCGGCUGUUCGCCGUUGGCCACAUAAAGCAGUCUUCGUUGUAAAACCAUGCGUUGGUCACAAUCGCAACCGUCUACUUAUUUAAAAACUCAACAACUCCUUACAUAUGCGUGAAAAUCAGCAGUAUCCCUCGGGCAUUGUACACAUAUCUUCAUUGGAAAACGGUAACUAAAAAAGCGUCACGGUAUAAAAAGUGUGUUUGAAAGGAGGAUGAGGACAAUUUCAUCGUCAAUACUAAAGGAAACAUGAUUAUAGGUACAUCGGUUAAAUCAAGCAGAAUCCAGCUUCUCCUGUUGAACCCCAUCUCAAUUGCUUCAAACAAAUAAAAAAACACGAAUCACUGGAAAAAAUGUUUUCGAAUCUACACUCGGAAUGUAGCCAGUUGAGAAGCCGUCAUAUAUGAAAUCACACUAAUUAUUAGACGAUAUUUAGAUGUAAACUUCAAUAAAAACACAAUUAUUAGACGUUAUUUUAUGUCUAAUUUCAUAUUUAUUACGUUUUGGCAUGAGAAUAUAUUCAGUACAUCUAAAAACAAAGUUUACUAAAUUAGAGCCAUUUCUGACUUUUUCGGGAUAUUGCGCAUUUCAAAAGAAAUCGGCAUUUCUAAACAACGCAACAUUGCCUUUAAUAUUUCUUUUAUGUUUUUAAUUCUUUUAAACUUGUACUUAAUUAACAUAGACACUGGACUCAUAAAAUGGUGUCAGUUUGCGAGUGAUUGGCAAUCAUUCGUAAAUUUCGACACAUUUCAUGAGUUAGGUCACUAACUGUAAUAGUGUAUAUAUACACGAUUUUCGCCAAUGUCUUUCAAUUUCCCUUCUAAGGACACUUGUAUCAUUAUUAUUGAGCUCGUUAAAGUACACCCACUGAACGAGCUGUUACAUGAACAUACUGCAUGCCGUCCCUUAAAUGGACAGCCAAACUGGACUCUUUGCAAACAAUCCCGCCACAGUCAAGUCAACAUGUGAACAUGUCCCUGUACUAUUUAACAGCCUUUCGAGUCAUUUCACCUUUCAUUUACCGUCGCCCUUCAUCGAACUCCAUAUUUCUAAACUCGCUCUUUAAGCCUUUUUUCGGAUUGGCAGUCUCCUCUGUGAUUUAGGUGUAAACGUAUUGUGGCAUCCUUUUUAGCCACUGUGGGCUGUUCGUCAGCUGGUUGUCCUACCUUAACUCUCCUCCAGUCUUCACAUCGGCUCUCAUCCCUUCGCGAAUUUCGGCAGAAAAGAAACAUGACAUAUGCGCUGAAUACACGCAGGAAAUAUUUUAUUCCCUUUCAAAUCCUACACAUUUACUUCUAAAUGGAUUAAUGAAGAUGGGCAUUUUCAAACACGAGCCCAGAAUUAAUUAAUAAGCCACGGUCGGACUCCAUUCUACAAUUCCUUUAAGGCCUUUGGCUGCGAUCAGAGAGUAUGAAGAACUUUUGACUUCGGUCGCUGAAUAAAUGACCCCUUCUCUGAUAUCAUGCUAUUUUUGUUGUGUUCUCCUUCCUCCGGUUUUAAUUUUGGUUUUCUGGCUGCUGAGUUUGUUGCUUGGUUUUUUUAAACCUGCUUACGGUCUGUUUCUGUGAUAGUUUGGUCGUAGUAAACGACAAAGCUCACCACAACCCCACAAGCUGAGCGCAGUAGUGCCUUUCAUAUAAGCUUGUUUCCGACAACUUGGAGUUCUCUGCCUGUGUUUCACUCUGUUUCUACCUGUCUGCUUGUUUCGUGUACGACCAGCUGGUCCGUGACCCCACACCUUCCGGGUUGUAUUCAGGGGUCUCCAAUCUCACGCAAGUUAGUUUGUCUUAAAGGCCACAUUGAGAAGCAGCCACUGCGGCUUAGGUCUCAUCCCUGAAUAGGGCCGAUUUAUCGCGCCGUUCUUUCAACUACCACCGUUAACGGUUAUAAUUAUAACCGUGAUAUAGUGCACUAUGGUGCACCGCGCUAGCUUUACAGCACGUUCAUCUGUUGGCAGAAACUUGUUUAAGUUCAAAAAUAUUUGAUCAUCGCAGGUUUAGCGCAGGCUAAUCAAAGCCUUAUACGGUGUGAUGCUUAUAAGCAUUACACCCCAACUGAGGCCUGAUAGAUCUACCGUCUAGAAAGAAUAACUAUUUGACCCUUUCAUCUAUAGUGAAAAGUCGGCGUUCUUAGCAUACAGUAGGUGACCUAACUCACGAAACAUUAACUAAAAUUCUGAAAUAUGGGUUCUAUCUAAACAGAUGGAAUCUGAAAGGAUUACUUUCUGUGGUUUCAAUACUUGUGGGCAUGCAGCAUAAUCCUAAAAUAUCUCCUAAGCAUAAUUAUGCUUUAGGAUUCUAGCUUUUCAAUUCACGCCUUUCAGACCACCUACGAAACCACGUUCCUUAAUAAUGCCUACUUAAAUAGUGCAACCCUCAUCUAUCGACUUCAGAUACUUUAAUAAGCUCUAACACCUUUCAUAGAGGACCGAGAUCAUGUUUCAUCAUCUCGGCCGAUGUUUCAUGAGGUAACUUACCUAUUGUACAACUUGGUCAUGUCAGCGCAAGGACGAAAUUUAAAUUCGACGUUGCUUGGUUUUUGUAAAGCUCCUCUCUGGGGGUGACGACCUGACCGUGAAAGUCAUCCUGCGAAAAAGUAAGCUGCAUCCAAGGAACUCCCGCUCUCGUACCGCCUUCCCUCUUGUCUUCUGUAUACGGGCUUUCGUCACUUCGAGUGCCCUCACAAAGUGUGAUACAAUAAAACAUCGGAGCCCCCACUCAAAUUGUCAAGUUCGUGAGCAUUCUUGAAAAAAACAUUCGUUCCGACUCGAUUUGCAUCUUUGCUUUGAUGCCCAUGAAAAUUGAGCUUUUGUGUUCGCUUGAUCUAUUGAAGCUAGCAUCAUGAUUCCAACCUCCUGCAAGGUUUAGCUGGUUCCGCGCAAAUGUCAUUUUUAUGAUCAUAUUAGGUAGCGCGUAACUGUCAAAUCCUACAUAGCCUCAGGUCGACAUGCCCUAACAAAUCUGGAAAUGUAGGUCCCUGCUCGAGACCCGUCUGGAACGGAAAUUUUUCACAAAUUCGGGCCGAAGGGACUUUUUUCUUUUGCUAUCCUAGAGACAUCACCCGGAAUUCUCUAUUCAUACCGCCAAAUCCCAAUGAAAAAGGUGUAUGCUGGCGUAAUAGAUAAAACACUAUCGUGGUUAUCAAAGUCAUCUGGUUCGAACCUUACCCUAUCGCCGUUCCUCUGAUGGCUUGCAUCGUUUGGUGUUAAACCAAGGACUGUUAUUCUUGUUGUCAAUGUCGGUUAAAUGAGGAAAGUCUAUUUAACUCUGUUCGCCUCUGCCUGCUUUUUUAUUACCCCUCUUUUCAAUGCACUACCUUUCUAGCCUUGCAUACUAUCCAUUUCUGCCGUAGAAAACCUCAGGGCUAUAUUAGGCGAACUUCAAUGUUGUUUGCCUCCUUGUUCAAAUCGAAAUGUGUCGUUGAACAUUUGCUGCAUCGAUUGAAAUUUAUCUUGAAAAUGUUGGCUGUCUUGAUCUCCGUGUCGCUCUCCCAUGCAUGCCAUGUUCAGUUAAGGAUAUACACUGACUGUCAAGGAGGGACGAGAAAUAUAUCAAAAACAUACUGAUAGACCAUCCCAGUGUUACGGAAGGUCGGGGUCCUUUUCAUUAACUAUCUUGACUUAUAUAAUGUUGCGGUGCUGCUGUAGAAACGGUGUUGUGACUCAGGUAGGUGUAAAAGCAGCUGGAACUCACUUGAAAAGUAAUCCGCACGAAACAGUAAUGACUACUAUUUGGCUUUACGACAAAGUCUUUGAGCCGCUAGAUGGAUGGAUGCUAUCCUAGGUCACAAUUUCUGUUGAACGGAAGGGGUUGUUGAUUGAUUGGAUAAGCACAGCGUUCAUCCGAAUUUCUUAAAACCUCUAGAAUCAGCUUUAAGUUAGUCUAACGUUAAAACUGCAAGUAUAUAAAACCGCAGUGAAUUCAAUCCUCUGAGAAGGUAAAAUAUGACCCACUUACUUAGAAGAUCUCACUUUCGUAGAUAUAUUCCACCUAUUUUGCUUGCGCUCACUCCAUUACCCAAAUUCGACAACAAACGACUGUACAGUUCAUCCUCUUUGUUCGGUGGUUGAACCAUUUGCUGCGACAACUCGACGGUAUAAUCAGUCGGGAUUUUGUCUCGCCCGCAUCCGCUUCUGAUCGGCAACGACGUCGAGAAAGCCAACUUAAGGACCUGGUGAAACCUGAUCUGAGGAUGAUAUCUGUCCCUGUGGUUUUCAGGACUGGCAUGUCAACUGGUUCAACUUACCUCAAAAGUAUGUCAUCGACCGACUGUAGUGUAGGGCGUCCGUCGUGGUGUGGAGAUAAAAACAUGGUCUUUUCAGUCUUCUUGCCCUUGUUUUCGAUUUUCGACUGCCGAGCGUUAUGCUGCGACCAGGGCAAAACGGAACGCCCGUAUUUUCCGUCAUGUUGGAUGAAUAAACGCCCCUCGCAUUGUAAUUUGACUUCAAUUUCGUUUUGUGGUGUGCCGUGCUUACCAAACGCUGUUUAGCGCCCUUUAUAUUCUCCCCUUUAGGAUAA